GAGAGCAAUCACACUCACACACUCCUCUUAAAAAGCUGCUUCUGUUUUUGACAGAUGUUCGGAGAAAGAUUGGCGAACUGAAUGUGGCGUACAGCACCAUCUCUGAGCUCGCGUAAGAUCAGCAGACAUCAGGAAUACGUCACUCAUCCUGCGCACAGCUUCUUCUUUUCGCUUUUUUUUUUUUUUUACAGGACAUAAGAAAUAUGUUUGCAUCCCUCGCUAGGUUUUCUUCCUAGCUGUGCACCUUACCGAACAUCCGAUGGUGCGCUUUUGCGCAAAUCUCUCCAAACUUUCCAAUCAAGUGGAGGAUAUUGUAACGUGAAGGAUAUCGCUGAUACGCACACGCACGCGCUGGGAAUGAUCUUUUUGGACGUUCUCGUAUAAGUAAACCUCAAUGUUUGUCCCUUACGCUGGGAAGAGCUCUUAGGAUUUCUCCGUUGUUCACUUGGACAUGUUGCGCAGCGGCGCAACUGCGGGAUUGAAAUAACGCUGCUGUUGCUGGAGUUUUCCGAACCUCGCCAACAUCUCGGGCACCGCAGCUUUGGGCAGGUGCUUCUUUCAGAGUGUGUUUGAAGACGGUGCCAUGCGGAGCCUGGAAUCGCACAUCGAAGGGCUGUGAAACCUGCAAAAAACCGCGACAUUUACGCAGAGAUGGGAUCCCUGGUGAGAUCCCGCUGGCUGAUGAUCCCCCUGCUCGUGCAGGCCUGGCUAUUGGCUUCCCAAGGCAGAGUCCGAGAGAAGCCGUGUCCCCGAAGCUGCCGCUGCGAUGGCAAAAUAGUGUAUUGCGAGUCAAAUGCCUUCCGUGACGUGCCAAAGAAUGUUUCCGUGGGAUGCCAGGGCCUCUCUCUGCGUUACAACAGCUUGGUGAACCUCAGGGCUGGUCAGUUUUCCAGCCUCGGCCAGUUGGUCUGGCUGUACCUAGACCACAACUACAUCAAUGCAGUGGACAAACAAGCCUUUCAGGGUGUUCGAAGACUCAAGGAGUUGAUUCUCAGCUCCAACAAGAUCACGCAUUUGGAAAACAACACGUUCCAUUCGAUCCCCAAUUUACGCAAUCUGGACCUCUCUUACAAUAAACUCCAAGUCCUGCAGCCGAAUCAAUUCCAAGGCUUGCGCAAACUUUUGAGUCUCCACGUCAGAUCCAAUUCCCUAAAGACGGUCCCCAUGCGAGUGUUUCAGGAUUGUCGAAACCUAGAGUUCCUUGAUUUGGGCUACAAUCGACUGCGAAGCCUCACCCGUAAUGCAUUUGCGGGACUCCUCAAGCUGACCGAGUUACACUUGGAGCACAACCAAUUCUCAAAGAUCAAUUUUUCUCAUUUCCCAAGGCUGAACAACCUCCGUGCUUUGUAUCUGCAGUGGAAUCGGAUCAAGUCGAUAACCCAGGGAAUUACAUGGACAUGGACCUCUUUGCAAAAGCUGGAUCUCUCUGGGAAUGACCUGCAAGUGUUGGACUCAAGCAUCUUCCAGUGUCUGCCUAACUUGCAGACUCUUAACCUGGACUCCAAUAAGCUAAGCAACGUGUCUCAAGAGGCCAUAUCAGCUUGGAUCUCUCUUACUACCAUCAGUCUGGCAGGAAACAUUUGGGAAUGCAGCCCCAGCUUAUGCCCCCUUGUAGCCUGGCUAAGAAACUUCAAGGGGAACAAGGAGACCACGAUGAUUUGUGCCGGACCAAAGGAGGUUCAGGGUGAGAAAGUCAUCGAGGCUGUUGACACACGUGGUAUCUGUAAGGCAACCCCCACCACUUACCUACCGAUCUCCUCCACUGUAAGCUCCCCAUCCAAACCUGGACGUUUCCCCCUGCCCACCAUGUUCAGGGUGAAUGAGAAGAUAACUCGCAAAAGCCCUGUUGCGCCUUCCCCGACAGCUGCCUCCCCACCCAUCCCUGAGCAGGACUUUGAGCAUGUUUCCUUCCACAAGAUAAUAGCCGGCAGUGUUGCCCUCUUUUUAUCCGUGGCCAUGAUCUUGCUAGUGAUCUACGUCUCCUGGAAGCGUUAUCCCAGCAGCAUGAAGCAACUGCAGCAGCAUUCCAUGGUGAGAAAACGCCGGAAAAAGGCACGGGAGACCGAGCGCACCCUCAGCUCCCCACUUCAGGAAUAUUAUGUGGACUACAAACCCACAAACUCUGAGACCAUGGACGUUCUGGUCAAUGGGACAGGACCCUGUACCUACACCAUCUCCGGCUCCCGAGAAUGUGAGGCCCCUCAACAGAUGGGCACAUUGGCGUUCUACAGGUAUGAGCAGCCCAUCGUGGACUACUGCCAGGCUCACCAGCCCUUGCACAUGAACAGGGGCUUUGAGCCCCCGUCCCAGGCCCUGGAGGGGCUGGGGGCACGAGAACGCUGCGCCGUCCCGUCCGCUGGCCUCCUUCCUUCCGUGCCUGCAGCCCCUCAGUCAGACAUCCGCACCCUCCCGCAGUGAGCCGGAGAUGGACUCGUCCCUGUCGCCUGGAUGUCCCCGGAGGGCCUAUACGCUCUACCCUCAACAUGAACCCACCACGAAACUGAUGUAGAGAUAUACGGGCCAGUGUGAUGGACUACAGACUCUCAGGAGAGGACAGGAUCGACUCUGUCUUUGUCGCGAAGUGGGUUAAAACACACUCUGGUUUGUCAUUCGCAAGGAUCAUCUUUGUACUGUACGAUCGAUGUGUUUGGAACAAUCUAACAGGAUGUUUAUUUUAGGGGAGGUGGGCGAGCAUUUUAUCCCGAUGCUUUUAGCCCUCUAAAUGUUUCAAAAGCAUCACGUCUCUUAAUUAACAUCAAGGCCUUUAUUGACUCAAGAGCAUGCAUACUUUGAAAAAGCAAACAUUGGAAACUAAACCCGAAGUGAUUAAAAGUAAAAUGGAUUCAAGAAACCGGAGCAGCAACAAGCAAAGGAGUUUUUGAGCUCAAAUCCCUUUUAUCUCUUUCUAAUAAGGCCUUUCAGAGGGACUCCUGCCCCAUGAAGUCAGCGAUAAUUGCUUUAUAUAAAAGUUCCCAAAUUUAAUUCCUCAAGGUGAGCUGGCGCAUUUGAAUUGUAAAUGAUAAUAUGACCCUCACUUGACGGCUUCUCCAUUGUAAAUCUUUAAAACGAGUCUUGAUGGUUUGGUGAUGUGAUGAAAGACCCCAUCACGCCAUGCUGAUUUUACUCUGAAAACCACUGACGGCUGUGAUAUCAUUCAACACCGACUGUGGAAAAUGUCUGACACAAUCUGUGAGGUAUCACGUUGAGUUUCCUUUCACUUAUCGGAUGUUAACACCUGGGUCAUUCCUUGCCUUGACUUUGUGGUACUUUCAUUUAUUUCAAUAAAAUCGUCAAUCAGGUCAAGAUCAGGCACUUAUAGUAAGUAAUCACACCAUGAGAAUGGUAUUUUUAAAAUAUUUCAUUUUUUUUUUUCGUUUGUAAAAAGCAUUUUACCAAUAACUAACAGAAUGGAAAGUCGAGUAAAUAUAACAUGAUUAUUAUUGUCACCAUGGCACGAACGUUUACAUGACGAUGAUACUUUUCGAUAUUGUCUUUUAAAAGUGUAUCAAGCAGGAUGUUGUUUCCCUAUAAAACUACGUCACUUCGCAAACUUCUUUUUGUAACAAGCCGAUUAACAGAGUGGAAAUCGAGGGCACAUGGAAAUUUACAAUUAAAACGACUUGUUUUUGGGGACAUGUCCAGCAUAGCAGGAAUGACCCACCCACAUCUGUUGUCGAAGCCUAUUGGUCGCAUCCUUUACGUACCCAUUAAGAAAGUGGAUGUAUGCUACAGUGUACUACGUUAGUACCCAUCAUCAUCUUGCCCAUUUGUUUCAUGCAACAUUGUGCCGUAUUUCGCAGACGCCUGGACGAUCCAUUUCAAUGACUUUCUUUCUGUUUUGCCACAACUCACAUUCCAGCUGGAACUGUAUAAAUAAAGACCAUCGGAGUGACCUCGAGACGCUACAAAGUGGGAGGACGCUCUUCCCAGACUGGACUAAUUGUCUUGUACAUAUGUAAAUUAAAACAAGGAUGUCUUUGCUUCUACAGAAACACAAUCUUGUUACCUAGAAGAGGAGCCUUAUCUUUAAUCCAGGAGGAAGUGAACAUGCGUUCUGAGUGCGUGCGUGCGUGCGUGUGUGUGUGUGCGUGUUAGCGCGAGUGCAUGAACUGAAAGUGCGAAUGGAAAAAGAAAGAGAAGAUGGCCUGCUGUUUGAAAAAAAUUUUUACUUUACUUUGCAAUUUUACAUAAUUGCAACAUAUGUUCGACGCAUCUGUCAAGUGGCACGGUGCGUCAAACACCUGUCCUCUAAUAAUGAUUACAGUGAUUUUCCAACCAAAUGUUUUUAUACCAGUAUUUAUGUGAGAAGAAAAAAAAAGAAGAUAACUAGUAUAUACUUUUACAUUUUACAUUAUCCCGACCCCUUCAAUGCAAUACUUGCGUCUGCGGAAGGACCCUCUUCAGUUCUGAUGCCAUGAUUGUGAUGAUUAUUUUAUGCAUUUGACUGUGUUUUCCUGUAUCUUAACAAUGAGGUCGAUAUAUUUCCUUUUGUCUAUUCAACAGUUAUAAAGCGUAAAUUUGUUUUUUUUAA